GCUGUGGCCGAGUGGAGGUGGAGUCUCUGCAUGGGGAGGGAGAAGAAAGAAAGGGGAGAGGAGCAGAAACGGGGAAAGGCAGAUAGAAGAGAAACUGGGGGAGGACUGUGGAUGAUUUUCGCCAUAAAAGUUGCAUUACAACCAAUUUGCGAGUUGCGGGCGAAGAGGAAUAAAACAAGAUGAUAACCCCCUACUUCCUAGAGAAUUUCUGGGGUGACAAAAACAAUGGCUUCGAUGUGCUCUACCAUAACAUGAAGCAUGGCCAGAUUUCCUCCAAGGAGCUGACAGACUUCAUCAGAGAAAGGAGUACUAUAGAAGAAGCCUAUGCCAGGUCCAUGACAAAACUUGCCAAGUCAGCUGGCAACUUCUCUCAGCUCGGGACUUUUGCUCCGGUGUGGGAUGUGUUCAAGACCUCAACGGAGAAGCUGGCCAGCUGUCACAUGGAGCUGGUGAGGAAGCUCCAGGAACUUAUAAAAGAGGUGCAGAAGUACGUGGAGGAGCAGGCCAAAGCACACAAAAAGACAAAAGAAGAGGUGGCGUCCACGCUGGAUGCCGUGCAGAACAUCCAGACCACCUCUCAGGCUCUGCAGAAGUCCAAGGAGAUCUACAACGCCAAAACUGUGGAGCAGGAGCGCCUCCGCAAAGAGGGGGCCACCCAGAGAGACGUGGACAAGGCUGGAGUGAAAGCCAAAAAAGCCACAGAGACCUACAAGUCCUACGUGGAGAAAUACGCCGCCGCCAAGUCAGAGUUUGAGCAGAAGAUGGCAGAAACUGCACAGAAAUUCCAAGACAUCGAAGAAAACCACAUUCUCCACAUGAAGGAGAUCAUUCAGUCGUACUCGCAGUCCGUGGACGAAACGCACAUCCAAAUAGGAGAGGUCCACACCGAAUUUGUGAGGAACAUCGAGAACACCUCAGUGGAGAGCUUAAUACACAAACUGGCCGAGAGCAAAGGAACGGGAAAAGAGAGACCAGGACCCAUUGAGUUUGAGGAGUGCAAUGCAGCUAUUGCUACUGAAGGUGCCAAACCCAGAAAGAGAAAACCAUUUGGCAUCCCAGGACGAAGGAAAGACAAGGACACAGACUCCACGGAGUCCACAGAAGUGGAAGCUGCUAACACUGCCAACGGCGCUCCCCCUGGAUACUACGGCGCCAUAGACAUCCAGAAUGCUAAUAUUCCCCAGGUUGAUGCAGAGGGCUUCUGUAUCCGACCAGAAGGAAAUGAAAACGAUGCCAAAGAGAACGCCUUCUACUCGUCCAGCGACUCAGAGGACGAAGAUGAACCCAGGAAGUUCCACGUAGAAAUCAAGCCCGUCGUGCCAAACAACGGCACGCACCAGAACCGAGCCACCAUCGACGAGCUCAAAGCCUCCAUCGGAAACAUCAUCCUGUCGCCCUCCACCUCGGGACAGAUGCGGAGGAACCAGUCCAGUGACGAGCUGGCAAAACCCAGAGUGCCAACACCAUACGAACUGACGAACAACGACCUUCUGUCUCUGGACCCGUUCGGCCCGACUCUGGCAGCAGGCUCCUCUUCAUCUGUGUCCUCAUCAACAGUGCCAGUACCGAACCGACCGACCACCCCGCUGACAGCCGGAGCCCUGGUGCCUCCACCUCGACCCUCCUCCAGACCCAAACUCCCCACAGGAAAACUCACAGGAAUCAAUGAGAUUGUACGGCCGUUCAGCCCACCCAAGACCUCCAACGCCAGCCCUCCUCCUGCUGCGCCUCUCGCCCGGGCGGAGAGCUCCUCCUCCUUGUCCUCCAACGCCUCGCUCAGCGCCGCUAACACCCCCACCGUCGGGACGUCUCGCGGUCCCAGCCCGGUGACCUUGGGAUCUCUAGAUGCUUUGCCCAUCGCCGUGGCCUUCACAGAAUCGGUUAAUGCUUACUUCAAAGGAGCUGAUCCCACUAAGUGCAUUGUGAAGAUCACAGGAGACAUGACCUUGUCGUUCCCCAUGGGCAUCAUCAAGGUGUUCACCACCAACCCCUCCCCCGCCGUGCUCACCUUCAAACUGAAGAACACCAGCAGGUUGGAGCAGAUCUUACCCAACCAGCAGCUACUAUACAGUGAUCCUUCCCAAAGUGACUCAAAUUCCAAGGACUUCUGGUUCAACAUGCAAGCGCUGACGUCCUACCUCAGGAAAUCUUCAGAACAGAAUCCUACAGCUUCCUAUUAUAACGUGGACAUCCUGAAAUACCAGGUGCAGUCGGACGGGAUCCAUUCCACUCCUCUCAACCUGGCCGUGUACUGGAAGUGCACACCGAGUACAUCGGACCUGCGGGUGGACUACCGCUACAACCCCGAGUCCAUGGCCUCCCCGGGUCCUCUAUCCAACGUUCAGAUCUUAGUGCCCGUAGACGGAGGAGUCACCAACAUGCAGUCUCUGCCCAACUCCAUCUGGAAUGCCGAGCAGAAUAAGUGUCUGUGGAAGCUGAGUGACAUCUCAGAAAAGUCUGAAAAUGAAGGCGCCGGGUCCCUGAGGGCCAAGUUUGAACUGUCAGACGGCCCAUCGAACCCCUCCACUCUAGCAGUGCAGUUCAUGAGCGAGGGGAGCACCCUGUCAGGAGUGGACAUGGAGCUGCAGGGCCCCGGAUACAGACUUUCCCUCAACAAGAAGAGGUUUGCCACAGGUCGUUACAUGGCAGAUUGCUGAGUCGACCCACCACUCUGGUUCUCAAGAAAGAAAACAUCUUGUUUGACGCAAAAGUUGGCAACUUUACAAAGCUUCCUGAACCUCUGGAUCCAUCUGAGCUUUCAGCCCGGGAGGCGAGAAUCUCACUACAAUAACACAGCACUGAGUAUUGAACACUGUUUAAGAAAAAAGAAAAGAAAGAAAAGAAGAUGAGCUUUCAGGAAAUGUGUAGAUAUGAAGUCUAAUAAUGCUUUCUGAUCAACUCACUUUUGUAUAGUCAUUAUACAUUAGAUAUAAAUCUAUAUUGUAUUUGAAAUCAUAAAAAAAAAAAAAACGUGCACUAACAAUCUUUCAGACGCUCUUCUUCCUCUUAUAUUCAUCUUUUCUCAAGAGCCUAUAAGGAAUAUAAAACAAAACCAUGGAAGAGAAGAAAAGGUUCCUUCCUCUGAACUGUAAAUAUUAACACUGAUCAUUCUGCUCAACGCUCAAAUCACUUCUGUUUACUGAUCCUUCUCUCUCUUCCUCCUCACGAUUUUUUUAUUUUUUUUUAUCAUGUGCAAUGAAGCAAUGAAGGUAGAAUCUGUCUUAAGCAGAACUCACACACUUAUGGCACAAGCUUGAUCUCUUAGAAUAACAUUGAAGUGCUUUCGCACUAAUGCAAAAAACAGAAAGAUCUGACCUCAGUGCCUCGUCUUAUUCUGCGGAUCAACAGGCAACAAAAUGUUUUUUACCCAGAUUUGGGUUUUCCAGAUUUAAGCUACAUUUCUCUGUGGUGAAAAGCAUGGAGUGUUUUUUUAAACUUUUACCCCUAAUGGGGUCUUUUUUUAGAAUUGAACUUGUUAAUUCCCCUCUCAGUCAUGGCUUGUACUUUUAAAGUGUUUAAGCCGUUCAUUUGUACACUUUAUGAAAGAAAUCUUGACUGUAAAACAUUUUGUCAAAUGUUUAGAUGCUUUAAAGAAACAAAACAAGGGAAAUAACCCCAAAUUGCAAAAACUUGUAGCCUUUUUUUAAAUCACACUUUUGUGCCCCAAUAAUGGAGAAAUGUGCCUGAAUCUACUUUUUUCUUUUAUACACUACAGCACAGUUAUUAAGAAAAAGCACCAACAAAGUGCCAGUUUUUACUCCUUUUAUUUGGAUGUUGAAGGGAAAAACGUCUCCUCUUUUUACAACCCGACUGUCUUCCACAAAAUGAAUGAGUCACGUUUGCCUUUCUGCGACUGAGUUUGACCAUCGAACUCUUUUCUAUCUUGUCUUUUCUUUCUAUCUGACGCUCGUCGGUUGACCUGAAACCUCUCGUUCGUUCGCUCGCUCGCUGUUCAGCAGACGAUGCGAGUGAGCGAAGUAGCACAACGAGGCCAAACUAGUGAUGGAGAUGCCUUAUCACCAUUACUACGACACUGAGUAAUCCAGUGUGGUUGAAUGUGGUUAGAUAUGGUGACACAGUACUGUCAUUACCGGCCUGCCCUGCCUUUUUAACCAAGUGCAUGCUGGGAUAAGCCUCUCGCAACUACAAGCAGCACAAGCGGGUGUAGAAAACGGAUGGAUGGAUGGAUGGAUGGAUGGAUGGAUGGAUGCCACGUUUGACUCUUGGUGCUUCAUUCUUGUCUUUUUACUAAUGAAGGCUGCUGCUGUAGAAGCUGUUGUACUUCUUGACGGAGUAGUUUUUUGUUUUAUUAUCAUUGACCUCAACCAUGUGAUGAUCCAUACAUAGGUUAAUGUGCUGGUAUGUGACGUGUCUGGAGAUGCGAUUAGCUGUGAUGUUUGACGACACUGUGCAUCAUGUGGCCAACUGACCUCUCAGAUAAGAUUUUAAAGAAAAUUAACUUUUUUCACAUCAGGCUUAUUUUUUACUCUCCGCUGUGCUAUAGAAAAAUUACUCAGAGUAGUUUUUUAACCGACUUAAAACUCAUAUCCAUACUUGAUUCAUUGAUCACUUGUUUGAUUUCAUUCAUCAUAUCUGGUCUGGGGGGGUUGUCUCCAGUUUUUAAUGUUUUGUAUGAUUCUGGUUUAGGUUUUUGAUAAUAAUAAUCCAGAAGCAGACAUUAAUGGAAUCAUCCAUUUAAAUUGUGUUUGCUGAACCUAAAGUUUGUAUCUCACUCUGGACUUUAAUCAGCCAAAUCUUUGAAGCUAUUUGGAAUGAAUGAGUUUACAAAUAAUCCUAAAGAUUGUACCACCAGACAUUUGUACAGUUAUAAAUCAACAUGUCGCUCUGUGCUUUUUUCCCCCAAUUAAUUAUCUCAGUGGUUUUAUUCAGAUGAGACGAAUGCAUUAAAACACUCACAGAUUCAGUGUUCAGUAUUAGCAAGCUGGUUCUUGCUGUCUCAAAAAAAACCUACAAAAUUCACUUCCAAGGCUCCUCUUUUGUUGUCACUUUCACAUCCUUUAUUUCUUUAUAUGUUGUAUUGAACAGAGUUUAAAGAGAGCAAACAAUUGUGUAAAUGAUUCUCAUAAAUUGUACAUUUUUACCAAUAUCUCAGCCACUUUUUGUCUCUACUUUAUGAUUUUUUUCAUUGUGCCUGUAUUAAAUGUGUAAUAUAUGAAUAUAUACAAAUAUAUUAAAAUGACUAA